CUGGAACGGUGGACGACCCAGCCAAGAUUUGUCCCAUCUCUGCACCUGAGAUGACUGUGGCCAUGCGUGGCAGCCCCGCAGGCGGGGACAACCCCCAGCAGGACUCUCCCCAGAACCCAGCUCCAGGGGGUACACCAGCCAACCCCCCUCAGCAACCCCCCCAACAACAACCCCCCCAACAGGGCACCCCCACAGCACCCCCUGUAGAACAGCCCCCUGCUCCGGAGGGGGAGGGGGGAGAAUGUGUCAGUGAGGGGGUAGAGGACCUGCCUGAGGGGGUAGAGCCAGACUUCCCUAAUGCAGAGCUGGCUAAGCUGGAUGACAUGAUCAACCGACCACGCUGGGUGGUGCCGGUACUGCCUAAAGGGGAACUGGAGGUGCUACUGGAGGCAUCCAUAGAGCUGUGCAAGAAAAGCCUGGACACGCGGAGUGAGGCUUGCCAGCGAUUCUUCCGCGAUGGACUCACCAUUUCCUUCACCAAAAUCCUGACAGACGACGCUGUCAGCGGCUGGAAAUUUGAGAUCCAUAGAUGUAUCUUUAAGAAUGCUGAGAAGUUGAUUGAGCUGUGUGUGACCAAACUGUCUCAGGACUGGUUCCCUCUGCUAGAUCUACUAGCCAUGGCCCUCAACCCACACUGCAAAUUUCAUAUCUACAAUGGCACCAGACCAUCAGAAACAGUGCCGGUUGGAACACAGCUGGCUGAUGAUGAGCUAUUUGCCAGGCCCCCUGACCCCAGAAAUCCUAAGGGCUGGCUAGUGGAUCUGAUUAACCGUUUUGGCCAGCUAGAAGGGUUCAAGAUCCUCAAAGAACGGUUCCUGGCUGGUCAUCUCAAUGUGCCCAUCAUAGCAGCUCUCAUCAAACCGUGGGGUCAGUGUUACGAGCUGCUGACGCCCCACACCGUGGAAGAGUACUUCCAGCCCAUCAUCGGCAUCGUGCCCACGUUCCUGGACGGACUGACGGACGAAGAGCUGAAGAAAGAGGCUAAGAACGAGGCUAAGAACGACCAGCUGUCUCAGAUCAUCAAGGCGCUCAAGUGUCUGGCCUCCCGCGUCCCUAACCAGGAGGAGACCAUGAAGAACCUGGAGAUGUUCCGACUCAAGAUGAUCCUCAGAUUGCUCCAGAUCUCGUCCUUCAACGGUAAGAUGAAUGCUCUAAACGAGGUGAACAAAGUGAUCGCCAGCGUGUCGUACUACACACACCGGCACAGUGGCAUGGAGGAGGACGAGUGGCUCACUGCUGAGAGGAUGGCGGAAUGGAUCCAGCAGAACAAUGUCCUGUCCAUCGUGCUGCGUGACAGCCUGCAUCAGCCUCAGUACGUGGAGAAACUGGAGAAAAUCCUGCGAUUUGUCAUCAAGGAGAAGGCUCUGACCAUGGGGGACUUGGACAACAUCUGGGCAGCACAGGCUGGCAAACAUGAAGCUAUAGUGAAAAAUGUCCACGACUUGUUGGCCAAACUGGCCUGGGACUUCUCUCCUGAACAACUGGACCAUCUCUUCGACUGCUUCAAGGAGAGCUGGAAAGACGCCAGUAAGAAGCAGCGAGAGAAGUUACUGGAGCUGAUCAGACGACUGGCUGAGGACGACAAGGACGGUGUCAUGGCACACAAGGUGUUAAACCUAUUGUGGAACCUGGCCCACAGUGAGGAUGUCCCCACAGACAUCAUGGACCAGGCCCUGAGCGCUCACAUUAAGAUCCUGGACUACAGCUGUUCACAGGACCGCGAUGCCCAGAAGACCCAGUGGAUCGACCGCUUCGUCGACGAACUCAAGAACGAUCAGUGGGUUCUUCCCGCGCUGAAACAAAUCCGCGAAAUCUGCCAGCUUUUUGGCGAGGCCCCGCAAAAUUACAAUCACGCCCAGCGCAGCCCCCACGUUUACUAUCGACACGAGGUUAUAAACCAGCUGCAACAGACUCAUUCUCUGGUGACUCUAGUGGCGGAAAAUCUGGCGUCUUACAUGAACAAAGUCCGGGGGAUGUUGAAGGAGAACCCUGAGAUGGACCCGAACGUUGUACAGCCCAGUGAGAGGUACACUCAUAUACAACAGGUGCAGGAGAGACUCAACUUUCUUAGGUUUUUACUGAAGGACGGCCAGCUGUGGCUGUGUGCUCCUCAGGCCAAACAGAUCUGGAACUGUCUGGCAGAGAAUGCCGUGUUUGUGAGCGACAGGGAGGCCUGCUUCAAGUGGUUCUCUAAGCUAAUGGGAGAUGAGCCUGACCUUGACCCUGAGAUCAACAGAGACUUCUUCGAGGGCAACGUUCUACAGCUGGACCCUGCACUGCUUACUGAGAACGGCAUCAAAUGUUUUGACCGGUUCUUCAAAGCUGUAAACCUGAAGGAGAACAAGCUGGUGUGUAAGCGUCGUACGUACAUGAUGGACAACCUGGAGCUGAUCGGUCUGGAGUACAUCUGGAGAGUCAUCCUGCUGGGACAGGACGAGAUCGCAGCCAAGGCUAUAGACCUGCUGAGGGAGACUUACACCAACCUGGGGCCCAGGCUACAGACUAACCAGGUUGACAUCCAUGUAGAUUUCAUCCAGUCGUGUUUUGACCGUCUGAAGGCAGCGUACGACACGAUAUGUAUCCUGGAGAACGACAAGGACAGUCUGGAGGACAUCAGAACAGAGGUGACCCGUAUGAUCCGGGUACUGAGUGUCCUGAGAGAGUACAUCAGCGAGUAUGAUAACGACUUUACAGAGGAGAGAACUAUUCUGCCUAUGGCCAGAGCGUGUCGAGGGAAGCAUGUGUCGUUGAUCGUGCGGUUCCCUAACCAGGGGAGACAGGUGGAGGAUCUGGACGUCUGGUCUCACACUAAUGAGACUGUGGGGGCACUACGGAGACAUAUACUCACCAGAGUGAAAGCUAACAACGCCAACACCAAGCUGGACCUGUAUGUAAACGGAGAACUGCUGGACCCUGCAGACGACAGGAAACUCAUCUCACAAGUUCAACUCAGAGACAAAACAUUGAUCACAGCUAAACUGUGCCAGGUGGGAGCCAACAUGCCGUCCUCUCCUGACAGCUCGUCUGACUCGUCUGUGGGCUCUCCCAGUAACAUGUACGACGGACCUAACGUGGAGGCAGAGAGCUGUCUGCCGGGGGUGUUGGCAGCCCAGCAGCAGCGCUAUGCCCAGUUCCUGUUCCAGUUGUCAGACCUGGGCAGCUCGCUGGCCAUCCCACAGCUGAGAGAUGGAGCUCGAUCACUACUCAAACUCAUGCCUGCAGACACCCACACAGUUGACAAGCUACGUGCCCUGUGUCUGGACCAUGCUAAGCUGGGAGAACAGAGUCUGUCCCCCUCCCUGGAGUCUCUCUUCUUCUCACAGUCACCGGCUCAAGUACUCUAUCAUCUAGAGGUUGUCUAUGCAUUACUGAUGCCAGCCAACCAGCCCCUGGGGGAGGAUGCCCUGGAGUUUCAGAUCAACUUCUUGAAGAGUGGAGGAGUGUCCUGUGUACUCAACAUGCUGACCAAGAACAACUUUCUCCCUAAUGCUGAUAUGGACACCAGAAGGUCAGCAUACCUGCAGGUUUUAAAAGUUGGCAAACUUAUGCUGACGACCGUUGGCUACGCGAUGGUGCAGCACGUAGCGGAGGCGUGUCAGCCGGACAGUCCUCACUCCGGGACGGUGUCGGCCAGCGCGCAUAACCACGCCAUCGUGCUGCAGCAGGCCCUGCACCACAUCCCCAACCCCAACGCUGAGUGUAUGCUCAGGAACGUGGCCCUACGCCUGGGACAGCAGUGUGUGGAGGAUGCCAUGACCACCCUCCCUGACAUGCCAGUUAUCAAGGCUAUCCAGAAGAUCUCCUGGGCCGUGGCCAGUGGCAGUAUGCACCUGGUACAUGGGUCUAACGAGGAGAUACACAAGGCAUUCGAUAAGUUCCGUGUGUAUUCGCAGCCCGGUCAGACGAAGCUGCCUGACAGUGAGGACGUGCAGGUGUGUAAGGAGGCCCUGGAGGUGCUGACUGUGUCACUAGCGCUGUGUCCUGUCGCUCUGGAGGCUCUCAGUAAGGACAAGGUGUGGCAGUGUGUCAUCAUAGACCUACUGCUCCACUGUAAAAGCAGAGCGGUGCGAGUGUCUGCAGCUGAACAGUUCCUCCUCAUGGCCACAAAGUGCUGCACAGGUCAUCGACCUCUGGUCUUCUUCAUCACUCUUCUGUUCACUGUCCUCUCGGGUACAGCCAAGGACCAUGCUAGAAGUUCAACAGAAUAUUUUCAGUUACUUUGUAGGCUGCUAAACUAUGCAUGUGCCAGCAAUGCCCCCCUCCCCACUGCUGAAGUUCUACUGAACAAUGAAAUCCAGUGGCUAAAGAGAGUCAGGGACAUGGUGCAACAGUCAGGGUUAGAAAAUGUGAUAGACGAGGCCCUGUUAGAAGGACACCUGGGAGUCACCUGUGAGCUGCUCAGUUUCCAACCUGCUGAGAAAAAGUACCACAUAGGGUCGGAGAAGGGAGGGGCUAAUCUCAUCAAGGAGCUGGUUGAAGAGUUCCUGUUUCCGGCGUCGAAAAUCGUGUUGCAGGCGAGAAAAAGCGGGGAGUACCCAAGCGAACAGGCCCUGCCGGUCUGCUCCACCUCCAACACGACUAACGCGGCCUUCGACCUGCUGGUGACCCUGUGUACAGGCUGUGUGCCCAACCUCAAGCUGCUAUCUGACAUGCUCACUGACAUGUACUACUCAGACCGCGAUGCCCCCCUGAUAGAGUGGGAGUACCUGCCGCCGGUUGGACCCAGACCUGUGAAGGGGUUUGUGGGACUGAAGAACGCCGGAGCCACCUGCUACAUGAACUCUGUCAUACAACAGCUGUACAUGAUCAACUCGGUGCGAUCUGGCAUCCUGACAGCAGAGGGCGCUGCUAAUGACAACAUGGAUGAGGAGUUGUCCGGAGAUGAGAAGCAGGACAGUGAGGCUGCUGAUUCGACGCGGAGUGCUGACGGUUCGCAGGGAGGACAGAUUAUCCAGAGUAACAUCGACCCAGGAGAAGAGCGAGAGAGUUUCCACAUGGAUGACAAGCCUGCAGGGAAACAGGAGGGGAGGAAGGAGUACGACAUGGGUGUUCUACGUCAGAUCCAGGCCAUCUUUGGCCACCUAGCUGCUAGCAAGCUCCAGUAUUAUGUACCAAGGGGGUUUUGGAAACAAUUUAGAUUAUGGGGAGAACCAGUAAACCUUAGAGAACAACACGAUGCUCUAGAGUUCUUCAACAGCCUGGUAGACAGUCUAGACGAAGCCUUGAAGACACUCGGCUACACUCCUGUCCUCUCCAAGGUGCUGGGAGGAUCCUUCGCUGACCAGAAGAUCUGCAAAGACUGUCCUCACAGAUACUCGAGAGAAGAGUCGUUCACAACGCUGAAUGUAGACAUCAGGAACCACAGUAACCUGCUGGACUCCCUGGAGCAGUACGUUAAAGGGGACCUGCUGGAGGGGGCCAACGCCUACCACUGUGAGAAGUGUAACAAGAAGGUUGACACUGUGAAAAGAAUGUGUAUAAAGAAACUUCCCCAAGUUUUAGCCAUUCAGCUGAAGAGGUUUGAUUACGACUGGGAAAGGGAAUGUGCAAUCAAGUUCAAUGACUACUUUGAAUUUCCUCGUGAGUUUGACAUGGAGCCCUACACAGUUAAAGGACUAGCUAAAAUUGAAGGGGAAGAGAUCCAUGGAGAUGAUGAGAGCCCAGACAAUGAGGAUGCCGAGCCACCCAGUACUAAAUACAGACUGACCGGCAUCCUGGUACACAGUGGUCAGGCUAGUGGUGGUCACUACUACUCCUACAUCAUACAGAGCAGGUCGCCCGAGGGUGCUCUGCGCUGGUACAAGUUUGAUGACGGGGAGGUGACGGAGUGUAAGAUGGACGAUGAUGAGGAGAUCAAGAACCAGUGCUUCGGUGGGGAGUACAUGGGCGAGGUGUUUGACCACAUGUUAAAAAGAAUGUCCUACAGACGGCAGAAGAGGUGGUGGAACGCCUACAUUCUGUUCUACGAGCGCUACGACGUAGGAGACAUCGAACAUGUCUCUAAAAGUAUAGAAGAAUUGUCACUAGAAAAUAAGGGAGGUUUAGGUGUUGGCAUGCCUCUGCCCAUCGAGCGGGCGGUGAGGAAACAGAACGUCCAGUUCAUGCACAACAAGAUGCAGUACAGCCAGGAGUACUUCCAGUUCAUGCGCAAACUCAUCACCUGUAACGCCCACUACAUGAGUCUGCAACCUGGUCAGGAUGAGCUGAGCCGAGAAGUAGAGGAGCUGGCCAUGUUGAGUAUCCAGCUGGCCUCCAAGUUCCUCUUCACCACAGGGUUCCACACCAAGAAGACUCUCAGGGGCUCAGCAAAUGAGUGGUACGAUGCCCUGAGCGUGCUGCUGCGCCACAGUCGUACAGUCCGCAGCUGGUUCGCUCACAACGUGCUGUUCAGUCACCCCAGCCGCUUCUCUGAAUACCUGCUCGAGUGCCCUAGUUCUGAGGUGCGAAAUGCCUUUGCAAAGAUUAUAGUGUUCCUGGCCCAUUUCUCAAGAGACGACGGCCCAUGUCCACCUCCCUUGCUACCAGGAAAACAAGCUCCUGCUGUGAUCGAUGCCAACGCCACCCUGAGUGACCACCUCCUGACGGCUGUACUGGCUCUGUUGAAGAAGGAGGUCUCCGAACACGGCAGACAUCUCACUCAGUACUUCCACCUCUUCCUCAUGUAUGCAAACCUCGGACUGCCGGAGAGAACCCAGCUGCUAAAGCUGAACGUCCCUGCCAUGUUCAUGUUGGUUGCGCUAGACGAGGGUCCGGGACCCCCCAUUAAGUACCAGUACGCCGAGCUGGGCAAGCUCUACUCUGUCGUGUCCCUGCUGGUCCGCUGCUGCGACGUCUCCAAAUACAUGCAGUCUUCUAUAUCUGGCAACCCUCCCCUAGCGAACCCCCACGGUGACCCCGUGUGUCAGCAACCUAUCAUGCCGCUACAACCUCAAGUCCACGAGAUCCUCUUCGUCAGAACAAGCUACGUCAAGAAGCUGAUAGAAGACUGCAACAACUCAGAGGAGACAACAAAGUUACUACGGUUUUGUUGCUGGGAGAACCCCCACUUCUCGUCGACAGUUCUGAGUGAGCUGCUGUGGCAGGUGGCGUACUCCUACACGUACGAGCUCAGGCCGUACCUCGACCUGCUGCUGCAGAUGCUGCUCAUCGAGGACUCCUGGCAGAAUCACAGAAUACACAACGCACUCAAAGAACCACAGAAUGUACAAAGACUCGAAGGCAUUCCAGAUGACCGGGACGGCCUGUUUGACACCAUCCAGCGCUCCAAGAACCACUACCAGAAACGGGCCUACCAGUGCAUCAAAUUCAUGGUCGCGCUUUUCAGCAGCUGCAUGCCAGCCCAGCAGAUGUUACAGAGUAACGGGGACCUGAAACGCAAGUGGACCUGGGCAGUCGAGUGGCUGGGAGACGAGCUGGAGAGGAGGCCUUACUCAGCCAACACUCAGUACACCUACAACAACUGGUCACCACCUGCACAGUCUAAUGAAACUUCCAAUGGUUACUUCCUGGAGAGGUCCCACAGUGCACGUCUAACCCUGUCCAAGGCCUGUGAGCUGUGCCCAGAAGAGGAGCCAGAGGAGCAGGAGGUAGUGGAUGAUGCUGACAGCUCGCCCCCUGACACUGGCGUGACUACACACUACUCACAACAACAGAUCCACCAUAUCCAGCAACAACAACAUCCAGCCACAACACACCAUGGAGUCAGCAUUCCCCCUAACAACCAGGCGAAUCCUGGAAACUACGUCCCUCCAGCCAACAUCCACCACCAGAACAACACCAUCAACAACGCCCUGACCGGCCAAUCACGGCAGCCGGUUCAGUCACAUGACAACUCCGACAACGGCGAAGAUAGCGACAGCAUUCAAGGCCGAAGCAACAACGAGUUGUGACGACAAGAGUGCUGAAGAAGACAAUAAAAUACUCCUCUGUAUUCCCCACUGUAUAAUUCCCUGCCUGCAAUACUGUUAUUUUGAAUAUGUUAAGCAAUGUUAUACUUUACUUAAAGAUGUACAGCAUGUUGUAUUAUGGUAGGUUCCUUGAGGAACUGCCAUGAACUUUAAGAUGCAACAUUCACGAAAGCUGUUGCUGCACCUUUGCUUUUUUUGGCAAAAGCUGUUGAGCACAAUGGGCUGAAACGAAUGUUUUAAAAAACACUUUUGUGGAUAUUCCAUGGCUAUGUUUGCGUAAGGUUGUUGCACCCAGGAAAAAGCACCCUCUUUUACUCUAAAAUAAUAUACACAUAUAUUACAAAUGUUUAAGUCAAGAAAUAAUUACCUUUUCCCCCAGCCCUCAUAUGCAAAAUAUAUCAUGUUAUGAACCAGGCAUUUUGUCCAAAGGAUGGCGUCAUCUGUUUAGGUGAAGGCCAUGUUAUCCAUCCACAAAUUAUUUGUUCCAAGCAAUGUUAUGACUUAAUUUUGGAAUUGGUGUUGAAGAUGGUGCCUGCUUGUCUUGGACUAAGAAGAAAGCAUAUCUGCAUAUCUUGAAUAUGUUUAAGAACUCUCGGGCAGCACCAUUCUCACAUAUUCUUGUUUUCUGAAUAAUUAUUUUUAAACUUUUCCUUUGAGCACUGUCAAAAGUUUCUAUAAGUAGACAGUUCACCUUUGAGAUUAGAAAAGAGUUGCUGUGGAUCCUGGUUGUGAAAAAUGGAGUAGAAUUUGUACAAAAUAAAACAGGAAUGUACCAUUCCUACCAUGUUGCAUGAAGGUCAAUCCAACAGGCGACAGCAAACAGAAAGAGAAUGUUUUAUAUCCUAACCCCGAACUGUACAUGAAUCCAUUUGUAUUAUGCCGAAGAAAAAGUAUGAUAUCACAUAAAAAUUGUACAAGUAUAUCCAUGGGUGACAGUCCUAACCAAGAGGGAAUGGAUGGGUCAUAAUGUUGUAACCUUAACAGUGGAUUGAUAUUAUUGCUAGUUCUUCAGUUGAGUUACAUUUUAAUUUGGAGACUGUCUCAUGUAGUGAUUUUAUGUGCAACUCAAACCGAAGAGAAAAAGAAGGGGGUUGUGAGAUUAUUAUCACGAACACAUCAAGGCGCAAAAGAGAAUGAAUACCUGCUCCGUUUUGACUGAUGCUAUUUUUUAAGCAGAGUAGGCCUGUACUUUGUUAGAGGUUAGUUGUAGACGACGGAAAAAAGGUUUGAAAUCUCAUUUUUAUCAGCCGUUGCUGCACAGAUUUUUCUUGGCUGAUGAGAAGUAUUUUGAACGGACCAUGCUCCCUUGCCUUCUCACAUUUCAGAGGGAGUCUAUGUACAGAUAUGUUGUUCAUACAUGUAACUGAUGUUGUCUUUGAAUGCCUGUGAAAAUAUUGACAGAGAAAAAAAGUGGAUAUUCGAUAACUCAAUUGGAAAGGAGUGCGUGUGUGUAUGGUCGAAGCACUUUGUUAUUGAUAACAAUCAAACGAUGCUGUUUGCUUGUAAAACGAGGGGUACCAAAGGGGAAAAAGCAACAUAUGAUGUUAUAUAUUAAGAAACCUUAGGUGAAGAAAAAUGCUUGUCUGUUUAAGAUGAAUCCAAAUGAAUCCAAACUCCUACGGGGUUGAGUUGAUGUGUUCCGAUGUAUAGAAAGGGAUGAAGAAUAAAGAGAUAUCGUCCAAGCA